AUGAAUAUGAAGCGAAAACAAAUUAAAUUGGAGUCGGAAAAAAAAAAUUUAUAAGAAGAGUACUCCAAUGAUGAGAAUUCCUUCAAUGAAUCGAAUGACGAUGAAUUAAAAAGCAGUGGAAAGCUAAAAACAAGACAUGAUAAUUCUUUGUCUGUCUUAACAAAAAAAUUUGUCGAACUCAUCCAAAAUUCAAAUGAUCUCACAAUUGAUUUGAACAUGGCUGUCAAUGUCUUGGGUGUGUAGAAGAGAAGAAUGUAUGACAUUACAAAUGUCUUGGAAGGUAUAGGCUUCAUUGAAAAAAUCUCAAAAAACAAAAUUAAAUGGGUUGGUGCCACAGAUGAUCCACAUUUGGAGAAAGAACUCUAAUAGAUUAAAGAAGAACUAGAAUAACUAUAAAAUGAAGAAAAAACAUAUGACUUUUAUAUUGAACACUUGUAAAAAAAUUUACAAGAGAAAAUUUAGACAGAUCCUGAUAUUGCAAAGUACACUUAUCUAACACAAGAAGAUUUUAAAGAGCUCUUAUAAACCCAGUAAAUAGAGCAUAAAGGUGAAACAUUAUUUAUUAUAACUGCUCCUAAAGGCACAUUAGUAGAAACAGUCUUAGAUGACAAUCCUGAAUUUCCUUACUAAGUCUAUUUAAAUAGUUCAAAAGUGCGGUGUUAAAAUAAUGAAAUCUAAGUCUACAUUUGUUAAGAUGACGACUAUCCAAUUGAGUAUGAUAAACAGGAAAAAUGA